AUGAAUAGAAUAAGAAUAUAUUCGUAGCGUAAUCGUUACAAUAGCAUAGAUGAAAGCAAAUUCAAAUCUACUACCUAUCGACCAAUUCAAGAAAAAAAUCUGUUAUUGAUAAAUAAGAAUACCCUCAUUCUUUACAUUAACAGAAUAUGUAAAUAUAUACAAGAAUUGCAAUAAUAUAAGAAUGAAGGAUAUAUAAGGAAUAUCCUUAACAAAAUAUUUACGUCAACAUCAAAUUUUCAAGAUAUCUAAGAAAUAUUUAGCAUUCCUGUUGUUCAUCUAAAUCGUGAUAUUUUACUGAAUAGAACUAUUCACUUCAUAAACACCUUAUAAAUCAAACCAUCCUAGUAAACCUUGUAUUUAUAAAAUUUUAUGAAAUGGUUUGCCUAUUUUGAUGAAUUACUUUAUAGCGAAAUGGAAAAAAUACAUGAACAUUAUCUCUGUGGUAUACAAAGUAAGAUAGUGGAUUAAAUAAAAAUUAACAAACUUAAAUAAGUUGAAUUAAAGCGAACUUUAAACCCAAAGAAGAAAGAAAUCAUUUAAUAUAUAAACUAAUUUUCUAUAAAACCAAUUCAUAAAUAAUUUAGUUCUGUCUAAUCAAUCGAGUAAUACGAGAAUAAAUUUGGAGAAUUUGAUCUCAUAUCAUCAUACUCUAGAAACUAUGCUAAAUAACUUGACAAAAUUAAUCUAGAUCUUAAUUAAUAUUAUUAAUGA